GCUUCACAUUCAAUAGUUUGUGUAUCAAGAUGUCUAAUGUGUCGUUCGGAUUACAAAGUUUUGUGUUCAUAAUUUCUUUGGUCAUUGUUCUAUCUGCCGAUGGUUUUACAAUAUACCUCGAUGGUGGUGGGGAAUUUAAAACCUUAGGAAAGGAUCUGGCUGCGCUCAAAGAUGACGUAAAAGAAUUAAGGCAAUCUUUAAAUUUAAGAUUAGAUAGCAUAGAGAAGAAAAUUAACGGUCUAACUACUCUGAUGAAUAAGUUAACUAACAGCAUAGAGAAGAAAAUUAACGGUCUAACUACUCUGAUGAAUAACUUGAGCAAAGAUUUUCAUUUCAGCUUGCAAACAAUGAAGGAUAAUGCACGGGAUUCAGGAAAGUCUGUCACGUUGAAAAUACCAUGGUACGAUUAUUCGGGGUAAUAAUUUUUCUAAUAGAGUGUUGCCAGUUAUUUGUAAUUCAAAAGAAUUGAUUAAAAGCUUAAUUAAGGAUUCCACGUGAACGAAGAUAAUAAAAAAAAAUUAAUAUAAAAAAAUUUAA